AUGGAGCAUCUGGCGCUGGGCUUGGUGCUGCUGGCUGGGACCCUGGCCACCGGCAGCCCCCUGCACCGGCGAGACCUCAAAUCCGUCAAGGAGAUGGCGCUGGACAUGGUCCCCACCUCCUUCGAUGACCAGUACUGGGGCUGCAGCCGCAUGAUGGAGGAGGAACUGAAGGAGCUCAACCGCACUGAGUUUGCCAACAACAGCGUCUACGCCGAGGCCUGGACCAAAGCCACCACUGAAUGGCGGAACCGACGGGGCCAUUUCGCCCAGGCGCCAGCGCUGCGGCCGGAGCACGCGAUCGCCCUCCUGGCGUACACCCAGCAGGGCCCCCUGUUCCGCGUGUUCAACGCAGCCGUGCGUGAG